AUGACUAUUGCUGCAUAUGCGUAUGAAACAAAUGAAGCAAGAAGAGCACAUGAACUAGUAAACGAAAACUCAACUUUAACCAUUGAAGGCAAUGAUUUAGUCAUUGACGAUGGAAAAACUAAAAAAGUCAUUGAUUUCGAUACUUUUAACACUUAUGACCCAUUCAUUACAAUAAGUAAAGUUCCUAUUAUAAAUGAUGGAACGGUGCAAUAUAUAAAUUCUACAGUAGAUGCCUCAUUAGUGAAAGUACUGAAUGUUCUCAUUGAAUUGUUAAAGAGCUUUCGAUUUGACGACAACAUUAAAUGCCUAAAGAAUUUAGUCAUGAAUGAGAAACAAAUUCUCGGCGUUGCUGGUAGCAGUAAUGAUGUACACCUUAUGACAUUAGAAUAUUAUAACGAACAUAAAGAUGAACUGAAAGGAGAGAAGGGUGACACCGGACCUCAAGGACCACAAGGAAUACAAGGAAUACAAGGAAUACAAGGACCUCAAGGCGAAAACGGUUUGGAUGGAAAGGAUGGAAAGGAUGGAAAAACUGCUAAAUCAUGGAUAUGGGACCUUAUAAAUACUGGUUUAACAGCUGCUUCAUAUGGAGUUCUUCAAUACCAAAUCGGAAAGAUAUGGGCGGUACUUGGUGAAGAAGUUUUAAAUGACGUUAAAAAUGCUUUGAACUUCAUUUCAAAUGGUUCGGAUACUAUUAAAACUUUAUCUGGUUGGAUGCAAGAAACAAGGAGUCAAAUAGAUACUGUAAGACGUAUAGCAAACAAUGCACGUACGGGAUUGGAUACUUUACGAGAAGCACAAAAUACACUAAAGGAAGCAAAUGAUAUUCUUGGCUCAGUAUCAGACAUGCAUGAAGAUUGGCUUAAAG